AUGCCGAAGCCUACAAGACAGAAGACGCCCAAGGGCUCUGGGGCCAAAGCAGACGACCAUAUCUCCGAUCCCCGAUUUGCAAACAUCCAGACAGAUGCCCGCUUUCGUUUGCCGUCAAAGAAAAGUACCCAUGUUCAAAUUGACAAGCGCUUCGCGCAUAUGUUACGUGAUGAGAACUUUUCAAGUAGAGCCAAAGUUGAUAGAUAUGGGAGAAAGCUACCAAAGGAUGCGGGUAGGAAAGAGCUGGAGAGGUAUUAUAGAAUUGAGGAUGAGGAUAGCGAGGGUGCAGAUGGGGAGCGGGGUGAGGAUGAGGAUGAGAAGAUUCAACAGGAAUUGGAGAGGGUCAAGACAGGAGAUGAAGAUCUCUCUUCAUCCUCGGACGAUAGCUCGUCCGACGGUGACGAGCUGGAUGAGGCGGAGGAAGAUGAGGUGUUUGGACUCCUAGACCAGAAUGAGGGCGAAGGCGGCAUACCAAAAGGAGAGGUCUCGUCACGCCUAGCGGUGGUCAAUCUGGAUUGGGAUAACAUACGAGCGGCCGAUCUCAUGGCUGUUUUCUCAAGUUUCGUGCCCAGCAGCGGCCGGAUUUCAAACGUUUCUAUAUACCCAAGCGAAUUUGGCAAGGAUCGUAUGCAUAGAGAAGAAAUGGAAGGCCCCCCAAAAGAAAUUUUUGGUCAAAGUGGAUCAAGGGCCCUACAAGAUGACCAAUCGUCCAGCUCUGAAGAUGGAGGCCAAGAAGAGGAAGACAAGGGUGACGAGGCAGAGGACGAGAGGAUUAAGAACUCCAUACUGAAGGAGGACCAGGGUUUGGAGUUCAACUCUGCGAAAUUACGCCGCUAUCAACUUGAACGGUUACGGUACUACUACGCAGUACUUACUUGCUCUUCUGUUUCCGUCGCCGAGGCAAUCUACAACGCCGUUGAUGGCACUGAAUAUCUCACAACAGCCAACUUCUUUGACCUACGGUACAUACCUGAUGAGACGGAAUUUUUGGAUGAGAAGCCACGAGAUGAGUGUGCGAGGAUCCCUGAUGGCUACAGGCCCAGCGAAUUUGUGACAGAUGCCCUGCAGCACAGCAAAGUCAGACUCACAUGGGACGGGGAUGACGGAACCAGAAAAGAAGCACAAAAGAGGGCAUUUGCUGGCAGCCGAGCCGACAUCGACGAGAAUGAUCUUAAGGCGUAUCUUGGCAGCGACAGCUCUGAAGAUGAAGCACCUGAACCCUUCGUCGUCGAUGCUACCUCUGCAAGUGCGGUCAACGGCGAUCAUAUAGACUCCAAAACACCAAAGGGUCCUAAAUUAUCCAAGAAAGAUGCGGAGCGUCAAAAGAUGCGUGCACUCCUCGGCCUUCAGUCAGAACCAGUUUCAUUAAAAAAGUCGAACGUAGAGAAGAGCGCCCCUGUAGGGGACAUGCAGAUUACAUUUUCGUCGGGACUAUCAUCAGAACCGAACAAGGGCUCCGUUUUUGAGAACGAGCCAGAGCGAGACGAGACUACAGUCGAGAAAUAUGUCCGCAAGGAAAAAGAGCGAAAAGCCCGACGGAAAGAGAAGUCCAAGCACAAGACUGACUCCGAUGAUGCAACAGCGGAUCAGGUAGAAGAAGUUCAGCCAUCUGGCGACCAGCCAGGUGCAGAAGAUCCAGCGACCCAGGAUCUCGGAUUCUCAGAUCCCUUCUUUACUGCCCCCUCCCAUGACAAAGCCACAACCACCGCCCAACGCAAAGCCGAGAAGCGUCAGAAACGCGAACAACGAGCUGCCGACGAAGCAGCCUCCGCAGCUAAACGCGCUGAGCUUGAGCUCUUGAUGAUCGACGAGAAGACAGGUGCUCAGAACAUAAAUCACUUUGAUAUGAACGAGAGUGCGAGAGCAGAGAAAGCGUCGAAGAAGAAGAAAUCGAAGAAGCGGCUGAGCGAGAGGGAGAAAGAGGCGUUGGCAGUGAAGGAAAAAAGUGCUUUCGAGAUGGAUGUUGGGGAUGAGAGGUUUAAGGAUGUUUUCCGGAGGAGUGAUUUUGCCAUUGAUCCGAGCCACCCAAGGUUUAAGGGGACGGAGGGGAUGAAGCAAUUGCUGGAGGAGGGGAGGAAGAAGAGGAGUUCAGGGGUUGUGGAGGACGAAGAGGAUGGGAGGCGGGGGAAGAAGGCGAGGAGGAAAGAGGUGGAUGAGGGAGAGAUGGAUGAUGUACAGAGGCUGGUCAACAGGGUGAAAUCAAAGACGAAGGGCCAGUAA